AUGUUUCUCAUUGUUCUUUGCACGACACUGGCAUCAAGCUUGCCCCAGGUGCAAGGAGGUUGGUUUCAUGGUUUACCCACUAAACCUGAUGAUUUAUCCAAAGGGGUAUCGAAGAUAGACGAUUUAGGAGGAAAGAAAUCUUACUUUCCCGCUGAAGAUGUUAAUGGCGGAUCUAAGAACUAUUAUAUUCCUGGGCAAACUGGACAAUACCUCGAUCAUUCUGGUCAGAAUGGACAAUACUUUGGACACGGUGAGUCAAAGCCUUAUUAUCCUACCGGACACACUAAUGGAAUCGGAGAUACUCCAUAUUACCCGACGUAUCCCACAAAAUCUCACGAACCAACAUCUUUGACAGAAGCAGUAUACCAACCACUGAACAAACAAAAUGGAGGAUAUCCGUACACAACAAACCCAAAGGACAGCCAGUACCGUGUUUACCCUGGUCUGUACUACCCCGUCAGUCCUAAAGGAGGGUACUUCCCCGAUAGUCAUACAGGAGGGACAGGAAGUGAGGGUCAUCCCGCAGGAACUCCAGGAGUUAAAUCCCUGGAGCUGAGUAUAGACCAGGCAGGAGGAAGUCAGGACCAGGGGAACAAACUAAACACAUACCCAGUCUACCCGGCAAGUUACAGCAGUGGUUCUGGUGACCAUGGAAACAGUGGUCAGUCCGUCUAUACACCAUCAACCUCCACCUAUCAGACGUACCCUGGUGACAGCUCCGGAAUUUAUAGUCACAAUAAAAACAGCGGAGGGGAUCAACCAAUUACAUACCCGGUCUAUCCAACAAAUGGUUUUGAUAAAGACCAUGGGGGCAAUGGCGGAGAUCAUUAUCAGCCGCCUACUAACUUAUAUCAGAUCUACAAGAGUUCUCACAACCAAGGAAGUGUCCCUAAUGACAAUGGGAAAACUGAUGGCCUUGUAUAUCCACCUCAAACUAAUACGUAUCCAAUAUAUGGUAAAAGUUAUAACCUGGGCAGUGCUCAUGGCGACCUUGGAAACAAUGGGGAGUCUGUAGUCAAACCUUCUCCUGACGUCUAUCCGGUCAGCAGAAAACCUUACAAUGUAGCCAGCCAGUAUCAAAUUUAUGGAAAAGGUCUUAGUGGUGAGUCUGGUGAUCUUGGAAAUAAAGGAGGACAUAUUAACCAGGCUGCCGGAUCUGGUUUUAAACCUCAAUUCUAUGGAGUAGUUCACGGUGCUGAACCUACACAACAACAUGGAGGUAAUGGCGGGAAUACAUUGUCAAAAGGAAGUGGAGGUGUCCUGUCUUCGUACUUCAAAGGAAUUUCCGGCGGAUGUAGCAGCCACGGAAUCUUACCAGACCAUGGGACUGCACAUUCCUCUGGAACCGCCUCCUACUAUCCAAAUUAUCCAAAAACAGGAUCAAUUGGGCUUCCAACAGUUGGGGAAUUAGAGAAAACUGCUGGAGAACUAGGCAACUUUCCUUCCUCACAUACCUCUGGUUUAUAUCCAAGUCUACAUGGGAUAGAUUACAAGCAAUAUUAUCCCGUGUCUCAAGCCUCCAGUAAUGGUCACGAAAGUAGCCCCACGGAAGACGGUGGUUUACAACUCAUUGAUGAUUUCAAAAAGUAUUUAUCAGGGGCAUCUUCCAAGACCGACGACGCCUUUGGACAUGGUGUAGUGGCAUAUCCAAAGGAAUCUGGGAAAACUGAAUUCGAAAAGUUUGGAAGUACUUCAAAGUAUCCAGAAGAAGUGAAG